ACCCAAAUGGAAGAUUAUUUAAUCAUCAGACUGAUCUUCGUCAACCAAACCCGGUUGCCUCUCUUUCUCUCUAAAAGCUUAGAAGCUCUAUCUCACGAAUUCUCCAGCAAAACCUGAUCGCCGGAAUUUAUUUACUUCGAUUACUUGCCGGCCAUGCGUAAUUCACUUGGUCGCACGUUCUUUCUUCUUCUUCUUCUGCUUCACUCGUUGGUGGUCAUGACUCUGGUCUCUGCUCAGGGAUCUAACAAGACCACUCUCUGGCCUACACUUAGCGGUAAUCCGCCUUUGGUCAUUGCACGCGGUGGGUUUUCAGGGCUAUUUCCUGAUUCUAGUUCAAUUGCCUAUGCCCUGGCACUUCAAGUUAGUGUACCCGAUGUACUCUUAUGGUGUGAUGUGCAAUUGACAAAGGAUGGAGCCGGGAUUUGUGUGCCGGAUACCAGGCUGGAAAAUGCCACGAACAUUGCGGAAGUUCUCAGAAACAAGAAUAAGGUUUACCUUUUCAAUGGAGUUCCAACCCGAGGAUGGUUUUCUGUGGAUUUCACCCUCAAUGAGCUAGCAAAUGUCUCCCUAACACAAGGAGUCUAUUCUCGAACUAAUAAGUUUGAUGGAAAUAGCUUGCAAAUUCUCACCGUUCAAGAUUUGGCUAAAACAACAAAACCACAACCAGGCAUAUGGUUGAACAUUCAGUAUGAUGCAUUCUUCAAGCAACACAAUUUGAGCAUGCGAAGCUUUGUUCUUUCUGUGUCGAGAAGUGUGGUAGUAGGCUAUAUUUCAUCACCAGAGGUGGGUUUCCUAAGAAGUAUUACGACACGAUUAAAUCCAAGAACCACAAAACUGGUCUUCAGGUUUCUAGGACAAGAUGAGCUUGAGCCUUCAACUAACCAGACGUAUGGUUCUCUGUUAAAGAAUCUUACGUUUAUCAAGACAUUUGCCUCUGGAAUUCUUGUUCCCAAGGCUUACAUAUGGCCUGUAGAUGGCAGUCUUUAUUUGCAACCUCAUACCUCUGUUGUCGUGGAUGCUCAUAAGGCAGGGCUAGAAGUUUUUGCAUCUGAUUUUGCAAAUGAUGUUCCUUUUAGCUUCAAUUACAGUUAUGAUCCAGUAUCUGAGUCGUUGUCUUUCAUUGACAAUGGUGACUUCUCUGUUGAUGGCAUGCUGACCGACUUCCCAAUUACUCCAUCGCAAGCUAGAGAUUGCUUUGCUCAUCAAGGCAAAAAUGCUUCAGCGCAAGCAAAGCCUUUGGUUAUCUCUAAAUGUGGAGCAAGUGGAGAUUACCCUGGUUGUACAGACUUGGCAUUUAUGCAAGCUAUUGCAGAUGGCGUAGAUGUACUUGACUGCCCUGUUCAAUUGUCGAAGGAUGGGACACCAUUUUGCUUAAGCUCAAUAAAUCUGAUUGAUAGUACACUAGUUGCUCAAUCAAGUUUCAUGAACCUUUUAACAAGUAUCCCAAAGAUUAAGACUGGCAGUGGAAUAUUUACCUUCAGCCUGACAUGGAGUCAGAUUCAAACCUUAACACCGGCAAUAGCAAACCCUUACAACAAUUAUAGAUUGUUCCGGAAUCCAAAGUUCAGAAAGGCUGGAAAGUUUCUUAAAUUGUCUGAAUUUUUGGCCAUGUCAAAGAAUGCAAGCUCUCUUACUGGUGUCUUGAUCAGCAUAGAACAUGCGGCCUACCUUGCAGAGGAGCAAAGAUUGAGUGUAACUGAUGCAGUCAUCGAUGCCUUGAGCAAAGCUGGUUAUGAUAACCAGACAUGCUUGAAAGUUAUGAUUCAGUCCAGUGAUAGCUCAGUUCUAAUGAAAAUCAAGGACCAAAAAAAUUAUGAGCGGGUGUACAAGGUUGACAAGAAUAUUCGUAAUGCUCUCAACUCAACCAUUAAGAACAUAAAGACGUUUGCUGAUUCUGUGGUUGUCAGCAAGAUGUCUGUCUUUCCUGAAAGACAGGCAUUCCUCACUGGUGCUACUGAUACUGUGUCAAAGCUACAAUCAUUUAGGCUCCCGGUGUAUGUAGAAACCUUCAGCAAUGAGUUUGUGUCUCAAGCAUGGGACUUCUUCUCAGAUGCAAACAUGGAGAUCAACUCAUUUGUCAUGGGGGCAAACGUUGAUGGUGUGAUCACUGACUUCCCUAAGACAGCUGCCAGAUACAAAAGGAAUCGCUGCUUAGGUUUGGGCAAUGAAACACCUUCUUACAUGACCUCUGUUCAGCCUCGCCAACUCAUGCAAAUCAUUAGUCAAGCCUAUAUGCCAACAGCUGAGGCUCCAUAUCCUGUCCUGACAAUUGCUGACGUGGCAGAGCCACCUUUGCCCUCUGUUUCAGCCAGAGCCGCAGCUUCCAGGCCAGGUGGUGGAUCUAGUAGCAUUAUCAAGUCAAGUAAAUGGGAUGAUUUGAUGAGCUGGAUAAAUAAAUUACUGUAAUAUGACUGAACCGAGUCAUAGGAUGAGAUAACUAUCAACUUCCCACAUAAAGAUGAACGUUUCUGC